AUGUUCAUCAACUCGGCUCCGAAUCGCUCGAUUAAACGCGGCUCGGUGAAAUCGCAGGCGUUGAAAUUGAGCGAGAAACUCGCGCAGAGAACCGAAAGUAGACUGAACACGGAAAAAGACGAGGAAAUGAUGAGCCAACAGAGUUGCAGUAAUCGGCAUUCUUUCUCACAGCCGCCACCGCCUGGAGCGGCGUUCGCAGAGGUCAAAGUGCAGCCCUCAUUCGUAACGCCGACGCCAUUGCUCAUCUAUCCAAUGGUCGACAAUCGUUGCGAGAGUCGAAUCGGCGAGUACGCGAUGCCGAUCUACUACGCGAUGCCGCCACCGCAACCGCCGCCCAUGUUUCUACCAUUCGGCGCGACACCGGCGUCGACGUCGAAAGCCGUCGAGGCGCCGAUGAUGAUGAUGCAUUCGUUCGAGGUGCCGCCGCCGCCGCAGAAGCUCAUGCGACGCAAAAUGGCGACGUCGCGCAAAAAGUCGUGGUGCUCGCGCAUCUGCUGCGCCGGUCUUGCUCAACUCCUAUGGACUAUCGUGUGCAUCAUUUCGUUCGGAAUAAUCGCUUCCUUAAUUCUCGCCCUCUGCUAUAUGUGA